AUGGUGCUUCUUGGAUUUCAGAACAUUGGCUAUGCUCUAUGGUACACCAGCCUAUACAAUGUAAAGGUGCUGUGCGAGAAGGCCAAGGAAAUAUUAAUGGAAGAAAGCAAUGUCCAGCCUGUAAAAAGCCCUUUAACUAACUGUGGUGAUAUUCAUGGACAAUUCCAUGAUCUGGCGGAGCUUUUCCGCAUUGGAGGAAAGUGCCCAGAUACAAACUAUUUGUUUAUGGGAGAUUAUGUGGACCGUGGCUAUUAUUCAACUCUUAGUCUUAUCUUUUUGGAACUCCUCUGUCUGAUAUCUAGAUUUGUGCUUCCCCAUGGGGUUUCUCUUGGUGUUUUAGCUUUGUUCAUUAGUUUCGCUUCAACGGUCAUGAAAGGCUAUGAAUACCAGUAUGAUAAUGAUCCUGUGCUUGCUACAUGUGGAAUUUCUAUAAAUAAGGACUUGACUCAGGUCAAGGGCCGUGUUCUUGAGACUCCGAAGUGGGUUGGUCUGAAUUGCAGGAUUAUUAAGGUCUGGAAAAACUGA